CUAGGUUUUAUCCAGCAUGGCUGCUGCUCGCUGCUAGGUACUGUCCUCAGCAAGAACACGUUAGGUUGUGACAUAUAAGAGCUAACGAUAAUUACUAAUAGUGUGUGGACAGUUCUCAUCUGAGCCAAGAACUUUUAUACUAUCUACAACAAUUUCUUGUUGGAAUCAAGAUGGCAUUUCAUUGCCAGAGAGACAGUUAUGCAACAGAGCUGAUGACGGAGGUCGUGUCUUGCUCUCCUGCUAAACUGAAAACUGAGAAUGGGGGAAAAAAGGAGACGCUUUCUGGGUUUAAUGUCAUAUUAAAAGAUACUGUACUAUUCCCUGAAGGAGGAGGUCAGCCUGAUGAUAGGGGUUUUAUCGGUGAGGUCCCCGUGCUUCGUGUCACUCGCCAAGGACCUGAUGCUGUACAUUUUGUGUCCUCCCCACUGGAUCCUGGCACCCCUGUUCUCACUAGAGUGGACUGGGACAGGAGGUUUGAUCACAUGCAGCAACAUUCAGGCCAGCACCUGAUCACAGCCAUUGCUGAUUCCUUGUACGGCUUCAAGACAACAUCUUGGGAGCUUGGGCGCCAGCGUAGCUUCAUUGAGUUGGACACUCCGACGGUCACAAAUGAACAGACUGAAACUAUAGAGAAGCUUGUGAAUGAGAAGAUCCGUCAGCGUGUAGCUGUCAUUGUGAGAGUGAUUUCAGUGGAGGAUCCUGAGUUUGAUAAGGUUAGGAGUCGGGGUUUGCCAGAUGACCAUGCUGGGCCGGUCAGAAUAAUUGACAUUGAUGGAGUUGAUGCCAACAUGUGCUGUGGCACUCACGUUUCAAACCUCAGUGAUUUACAGGUAAUUAAGAUUUUGGGUACAGAGAAAGGAAAAAAGAACAAGACCAACCUCAUUUUCCUGGCAGGAGAAAGAGUUCUGAAACAUGCAGCUCGGAGCUACGGCACUGAAAAGGCCUUAACAUCCCUUCUAAAGAAUGGGCCAGAGGAACAUGUGGAAGCUGUGGAUAAAUUGCAGAAAACUGUACGUUUGCUUCAGAAGAAUAACUUAACCUUGCUUAGAGAUCUUGCCGUCCUUACUGCCCAAAGCUUCAACAGCAGAACAGACAGAGGGAAAAUCUUCUGUUUACACAAAAAGGAAGGUGAUAAUGAGUUUAUGAAUAUUAUUGCUAAUGAAAUUGGAACAGAGGACACACUCGUCUUUCUAACUGUGGGGGAUGAAAAAGGUGCUGGAUUGUUCCUUCUCUCUGGACCAGCAGAACACGUUGAGAAAUUGGGACCAAGGGUUUCCGAAAUCCUGGAUGGGAAAGGAGCAGGGAAACGUGGCCGUUUUCAAGGCAAGGCCAAUAAGAUGAGUCAGAGGGGUGAUGUUGAGAAACUGCUACUGGAGGUCAUGAACGGGCCUUGUCUGACAGAAGAAUAAGGUUCUUACAGAGCUAUACAGGAAAGCUGCAUGGUCUCAGAAGAAUUUAUUUUGACAUAAAAAUUACCUGCAAUGAUGUCUCACCAAUUAGCCAUACAAAACUUUCAAUACUAGUUCUAUAUUAUUUUUAUUUUUCAACAAAGUGUUGCUCCUACAGUUGGAAUUAUUUAUUUACAUUGUUUGAGACAGUUUCAAGGGUUAAUAUAGUGUUGCUAUUGUAUAGGUAAUACAACUGCUAAAGAGACAUGUAACUUGUAUAUAAAAUAAAAUGGUUGUUGCUAAAUCUUAUGUGUCAUACUUGUGGCCCCCAAGGCAGAACAUGCUGUGUCUUCCAAUAGCACUGUGCUCAAAUAGCACAGUGCAGCCAGAGCAAAUGCUUUUUGAAGAGAACAGUCAAGUACAAAGAACAGCGUUGUAAAGCAGCAAUGCAUUGAUUGAUGACUGUCUCCUUGAAUGUAAGACAUUCUUGUUAGCAAUGCACCUUUUUAUUACUAAAUUUUUACCUUAUAUAUGAUGUAAAACUUAGCAAAACAUCUUUCUCUGCAGUAAAUUUUGCAAUGCAAUUUUCAACUUCUACAAUAUAUUAUAAAACUUUAAAAAUGCCUUUAAUCUUCAUUUAAUAGACACAUUGCAAUUGAGCUAGUGCUUUAGUUUAACUGACUAAUUUAAAAUUGAUUUUCAUUUCAAAAUGACCUGCAAAAAAAAUGUUCUCACAAAAAUAAAUCUCUGUGCUUGUGGCUGA